GUACUAUCAAGCAACCCAAUCAGCCUUUCCAUGCCUAUCAGUUUGACCCCUUCUCUUCGGAGUUGGACAACUCACCCGAGCGCAUCAAGCAGAGCCUCUUGCUGCCUCUCCGUACUUUACGAUACCCGACUAGCUGAUAUAUUGCUGUAAUGGGAUGCUGUAAUUCGGAAGGAACUCCUGACGAGAAUCGGGAAGGAAGAGAUUGUCGCCAUAAACCCCCUUACUUCACGGAUUUUCUGCUGGAAUCGGUCCUCCUGGAAGCAUUUUAUUCUUAUAAAUAGUGACAUUUAGAAGGGACAGACAAGCAUUUUGGAUGUCAGGUUUCAGUGUCAGACGGCCGUGGAGUUUCCGAUCGCUGUCAUCAUCCUCUCCACCAACCCAGCCGCAUCCCCCAGUCUGUCGACGACAAGAUGCAGCCGCUCACUACCUGACGCGAACAAAAUUGCAGGCCUUCCUCGCGCAAAGGUUCCCCCGCCAUCCUAGACUAGAUUUUCACAUCAGGGUGAGAUAAUAUUUGCAGGCCCCGCUGCUGAAGCUGCCUUGCUGACCUUUGCUCCCGGCCACAGCUGUACGAAGAUGUAUGGUCCUUCGAUGCUCCCGAAGAAGUC